GUAGCCGAGUGCCUAGAUAAUAAAUACGUCCUCGAUGUGUGAUAGAUAGUUGUUAUCGGCCGGCUACUUGUGCGGCUUGACUAAACAAUGUUAAUCAGUACUAUGUCGUGUGGCAGGCGCUUCGUUUGCUCAAUUAUCGUGUGAUAAUAGACGGUAUGAGUAUGAGUGUUUAAGCCCUUGCUUGUAGUGUUGACCAUGACUAGGUCCAGCUACCGACCCCUGGUGCCCCGGUCUUCAAACAACUCCCUGGACAACCGCGAGACCGGGACAACGUCACCUCCAGGCGAGCCCCUAGUCCGAGCCCCGGUGGGAAAGCCAAGAUGUCCGCCCGCCAUCUCAAGACUGCGCGUCGAGAAAGUUGAGGGCGGCCUGGCGGUUGCCGGCAUCGUGGUCGCCGCCAACUGCCAAAUCAUCCUACCCAUAUUCGGUUUCCUCUUCAUGCUGGUUGGAUGCGUGCUUACUGCUACGUCGUACCGUGUCCGUGGGGAGAAUGAAGAGCAGGAUCAUUAUCAAGAGCGGAUCGCAUUUACAGGAAACUCUCGGGUGCUUGGCCCCGUUUGCAUAGUCGCCGGUGCACUUAUGACAAUUGCUGGUAUCGUGUUAUGCAUACUGAUGCGUGCCGCCCAGCGACGGCAAAGGAGACUGGCGUUCCACUGCCCCAUUCACGGCGACUUCUAUCCCUUGAGCCCACAAAAUAGCAGAAAAUAUUCCCGUAGUCCUAGCGGUAUAUGGCGUGGUAUACGCAGUUGGCUCGGGUUGGUGGAGGACGGUGAAUCCCCACGCUGCCCACGCUCCACGGAGCCUGCAUCGCCCGCCCGUGCUGACGCACCCUGCCCGCCGCCUUUACCUUUCCUUGUGCCAUCUGACUCCGUCGUGGGUAUGGCGUCAGUUUUAGGAGCUCCGUUAAGCCCUGAAGCAACAUUUGGAUCUAUCAAGUCUCUCGCCAUAUCCAGAGAGGUGGCAAGCUUCCCUCUUUCACGUUCUCCAACUCCACCCCCUAUGAGUUGUCCGCCGUUCAAAGAAGAGCCAAUGAUCCAGAACGACAUCCCGAAUGCUGUGACUCGCCCCGAUUUCGACUACGGCUCGCCGACGUGCAACUACAGAGUUGUCGAGUGUAAGCUGACGACGACCGACGAGAUAUGCCGAGGCGCCCCCGUGCACGCCAACGUCCACAACGCCUCAGACCGAACCAGACCAGCCACAGUCUCCAUCACGAUACCCAACGAAGGAAAGGGCUAACCGAUCUCAAAGGACUGAUCAUUAGAUAAUUUAUAUAAUUAUUAUUUAAUGAGGAAAAUGUAAACUUAUUUGUAUAAUUAGGAUGGUCGGGCGAGGUCAUAUUGAACCCGUCUAAUCGAGGCAUGUUGUUUAAGUCGGAACGGAGUACGAUGUAAUUUAUUCCAUUAAGCCAUUGCCUACCUUUGCAUAUUGAUUUUAAUGUUAGCUCAAAUAAUCACAUCUGUCUUCCGUUAGUAGCACCAUCUGACGAAUUGACACACUUACUGAAACUAAAAUUCACUCUAUCACUACUUAUAUAGGUACGUGUUAAUAAUCUAAGUACUAAAGUAAACCCACUUCUGAUUAUGUAAUAUAUUUUGAACCUACCUAAAUGUUACCUAUAACACAGACGCAAUAACAUAAUUAUUGUUAACCUAUGCUCAGAAUGAUGACUCAUUUUAACAAAUGUCUCAAUUAUUAUCGUACUUUAUUUGCUGUAUGUAUAGCAAUAUGUUCCGCCAAAUAUUGUAUGUAAGAAAUGGAUGUGAAUAAUAGAUCGAGAUCAAUUCAGGAAUGUGGAUGUUAUAACAAUUAAAGUUAUUUAAAAUUAGUUUAUAUCAUAAAAUAGCUAUUUUAAUUUAAUUGACAAAUUAUUCCUUAUUCAAAAAUUGUUUAUUACGUCAUAAUAUGUAUGUGAUACGGUGCGUAUUGUAUUGUGUGAAAUGCUCAUAUGUAUGUAUAUGUGUCCUAGUCGUAAAAAUAAUUAUGUUUGUUUUCAUCCUAGAUUUUUAUUUCAAUGAAAUUAUUCUCAUGGCAUGAGUGCAGAAAAGAAGCAGAACAAGAAUGGUGUUAAAGUAACUUGACUGGUCCUGUUAAUACUUACAUGAAAAUGCCCAACAAAGCGUUAUCGUAUUACAGAAACGACAAAAAGCAUACAAAUAUUUAGUAAUUUGUAAAUAACGUAUUUUCUUAUAUGGUUUUGCUAUUUGCUAUUAAAGAGAAAUUUUCAUGCAAGUACUAACUACCUAGGUAUACUUGUCUCUUAAACCAAAAAAGACCUAAAUUAAAUGCAUCAUUAAUUUUUGACUAAGGUACUGACAGUAUAGUUCACUCAGUGUCAUUUGUAACGUGUAGAAGUCUUUUCUUUGAUUUCGUUGUAUGUAAUCUUGGUAAGUUUAAUAAAUUAAGUUAAGAUAAGUACAUUCAUACUUCAUACAAAACACAUAUUACCCCUAGUAGUAGUUCCGAAAUGUGAUAUUUUUAUUUAUUUUACAUCGUCUAUUAUAUUUUGGUGCAACACGUCAGUUUUAUAUUUAUUUUGAAAAUCAAGAAAAUUGACAACCUUCUUAUGUAGGUAUACAUCCAUUCUUCUGUUAGACUUAUAUUUACCGGUAUAUAGACCGUGAUUACCUUCCGGUCAAUAUAAGUCUAGUGAAACUAACCGUGAAUCAUUCAAAACCCCCUUCUUCUGUUAUCAUUAUUUUGGUGAAAUUGCCAAAAGAAGUUGCCAAAAUUCAUACUACAUUGCGUUUUUUUUAAUCGAUCACCAUUAAAUGUUUAGUAAUGAAUUGAUGACAUGCAAUUUAUGUUCAUAAAAUUGUUUUAGCAUCACACUCAACCAUGCUCACAAAAGACAUAUUAAGUAGGAUGCAAAGAGUGUAGAUAAAAGUGUAUAUUUAGGUAUUACUCGUAGAUUCUAACAAGUAACAUGAUUUUUGUGAUGAAGGCAUUUAUUGGCCAAGUUGUUCGAAAUCGUAAGGAAUGUAAUUUUUAUAAUCCUUAGGUAAGUGCCACGCCUAAGUAACCUAUUAUUAUUGUAUACUUAAUUAAGCUAUUUAAUUUUGUUAUAAUCGUAAGGACAACGUGAAAAUACAAUUUUGAAGUUAA